UUCAGUUUCUUUCAUCUCUAAACCCAUCAUUUCUAUAGAAAAAAUGGCUCUUGUAGUCAACAGCAGUGCAUCAAAAAGAAGAACCAAUAGCUCAUCUGAGAGUGACGACUUCUUAUCAGUUGAAAGAAGUUCCGGUACUCUUGACCACCAUCAUGCACCUCUCAUAUCCACCUACAAUGACCGCAUUCGCCCCUUGUUAAACUGCAUCGAUAAGCUACGUCAUCUUAAGGUGAUGCAAGAAGGUAUCCAACUUCCAACCAUUGUGGUUGUUGGUGACCAGUCUUCUGGGAAAUCGAGUGUACUUGAGUCAUUGGCACAAAUCAGCCUCCCACGUACUCAAGGCAUUUGUACCAGGGUCCCACUCAUCAUGCGGCUGCAGCAUCAUUCAGACCCGAAUCCACAACUGCACUUGGAGUACCAUGAUAAGACUGUUGCUACUAAUGAAUCUCGUAUCGAAGAGGAUAUUAUUGCAGCCACUGAUGAGAUUGCUGGAAGCGGAAAGGGUAUUUCUCACACUCCCUUGACUCUGAUAGUGAAAAAGAAUGGCGUUCCUGAUCUCACAAUGGUUGACUUGCCUGGAAUCACUAGAGUUCCUGUGCAUGGUCAACCAGAAGACAUAUAUGAGCAGAUAUCGGCCAUCAUAAACGAGUACAUAACUCCAGAAGAAAGCACAAUCUUGAAUGUUCUCUCUGCUUCUGUUGAUUUUUCCACCUGUGAAUCCAUUCGGAUGUCUCAACGUGUGGAUGUAACCGGUCAAAGGACUUUGGCUGUUGUCACGAAAGAUGAUAGAAACCCAGAAGGUCUGUUGGAGAAGGUCACUGCAAAUGAUGUAAAUAUUGGUCUUGGUUAUAUCUGUGUAAGAAACAGGGUUGGUAAGGAGAGCUAUGAGGAAGCUAGGAUUGAAGAAACCAAACUCUUUGAGAGUCACCCACUUCUUUCAAUGGUUGACAAGUCAAUGGCCGGAAUACCUACUUUAGCUGAAAAGCUGGUAGAAAUUCAGGCAACCAUCAUAUCUAAGUGCCUCCCGGAGAUUGUGAAAAAGAUCAAUGAUAAACUUACGGGCUAUGUCAGUGAACUUAACAGGUUGCCUCGGAAGAUGGCAUCAGUUGCAGAGGCUAUGACCGCUUUCAUGAGAAUUAUCAGUUCUGUGAAAGAGUCAUUGAGGAAAAUCCUAAUUAGAAGCGAAUUUGAGGAGUACCAGGAUGUGAAAUUCAUGCAUUGCACAGCCCAUCUGUCAGAAAUGCUUAAUGAGUAUUCGGUUAAACUUCAAGUGACUGCUGAAUGUCAACAGAAUCAGGACUUUCUUAAGGAAGAAAUUAAGGUUUUGGAGGAAGCCAAAGGGAUUGGGCUACCAAAUUUCCUCCCCCGAACUGCUUUUCUUUCGGUUCUGAACUCAAAGGUAAAGGGGAUUUCUAGCAUGCCGGUUGAAUUUGUUGAAAAUUUGUGGCUAUACAUAGGGGAAGUCUUGAUUAAUGUGUUGAUACAUCAUUCAGAGAAUUACCCACCCCUUCAGUCUUCUAUGAAAAGAGCUGCACAUAGCUUGAUUGCAAAGAUGAAGGAUGUCUCUGUUACCAGAGUGAUGGAGAUGGUUGAAAUGGAGAAGAUUACUGACUAUACUUGUAAUCCUGAGUAUACAGUAAUCUGGAACAAGCUCAUGGCUCAUGAACAAGCUUUUAUGGAGGCCGUAACAGAUCAGUAAAAGCGAGUAAGAUUAAGAUAGAGUGGUUCAAUGUUGACGUGGACCAUCUAAGAGUCUGGGGUAGAUGUCGUGAAACAAGCAUUUGAUAUGAAGAUGCGGAUGACCGCAUACUGGAAAAUUGUGUUGCAAAGAAUGGUAGAUU